AUGGGUCAGACCUUGUCGGAGCCGGUGGUCGAGAAGACCUCAUCCGAAGGCGGAGAUGAGUGCUGCAUCUAUGGUGUGUCUGCCAUGCAGGGCUGGCGGAUCAGCAUGGAAGAUGCCCACGCAGCCAUCCUCGACCUUCACGCAAACUACACGGGUCCUACUGACCAGAAACCGACCGAUCCGGAGCAGCGUCUGGCCUUCUUCGGUGUAUAUGAUGGCCACGGUGGAGACAAGGUAGCGCUGUUCGCUGGGGAAAACCUCCACAAGAUUGUGUCCAAACAGGAGUCAUUCGCCAAGGGAGACAUCGAGCAGGCGCUGAAGGAUGGAUUUUUGGCCACUGAUCGGGCAAUCCUGGAAGAUCCGAAAUAUGAAGAGGAAGUGUCCGGCUGCACUGCUUCCACGAGCAUCAUCUCCAAGCACAAGAUCUGGGUGGCCAAUGCCGGUGAUUCCCGAUCAGUGCUGGGUGUCAAGGGUCGCGCAAAGCCGCUGUCCUUUGACCACAAGCCGCAGAAUGAAGGCGAGAAGGCCCGUAUUAGUGCUGCGGGUGGCUUUGUCGACUUCGGCCGUGUCAACGGAAACCUUGCCCUGUCCCGCGCCAUCGGUGACUUCGAGUUCAAGAAGAGCCCCGAGCUGUCCCCCGAGCAACAGAUCGUGACCGCCUACCCCGAUGUGACUGUUCACGAGCUGACCGAUGACGACGAGUUCCUUGUUAUUGCUUGCGACGGUAUUUGGGAUUGCCAGUCCUCCCAAGCCGUGGUGGAAUUUGUGCGGAGGGGAAUCGCUGCCAAGCAGGACCUUUCCCGGAUCUGCGAGAACAUGAUGGACAACUGUCUGGCCUCGAACAGCGAGACCGGCGGCGUUGGCUGUGACAACAUGACCAUGACCAUCAUCGGCCUGCUCAACGGCAAGACCAAGGAGGAGUGGUACAACCAGAUCGCAGAGAGGGUUGCGAACGGAGACGGGCCCUGUGCUCCGCCCGAUGUGCGAGCAGCCGAGUUCCGCGGCCCUGGAAUCCGGAACCAAUUCGAGGAUCAGCCCGAUGACUAUGACUUGGAGAUGGAGCGCUCGCGGGCCUUCAGCGUGCGCUCGGGCCGGAUUAUUCUCCUGGGCGACGGCACCGAGGUCAUCCCGGACCAGAACGAGGACGAAUUGUUCAAUCAGACGGAGGAGCAGCAGGACCUGGCCAACCAGGUGCAUCCGACCGAUUCCACUCGGAAUGAGCGUGAGGGCACCCCCGGUCCCCAGCGCAAGCAGGAGGAAGCCAGCGGCACCGCCGCGCAAAUAUCCGAAUCCCCCGCCUCCACGGACGAUAAGGAGAAGUCCACG